AUCCGUAUUGCAGAGUCCUCCAACUGUAUCUCACUCUCAUCAAAGUCUCGGUCUGCGGAAUCUCUGAUAUUCGAUUCAGAUUGCAGAUAUGGAUUCUAAAUCAGCUGUAGAUAUACUGGAAGCUUCAUCAGGGGUUCAUUUUUCUGGAUUUCACUUGGAUGGAAUAGAGCUAAGAAAUACUGAGGUGGAGCAACCGACAACCUCAGAAACUGGAUCUGUGCAGAAGCAACCUUUUAUAAUUGGAGUUUCUGGGGGUGCAGCAUCAGGGAAGACUACUGUCUGUGAUAUGAUUAUUGAGCAGCUUCGUGAUCAGCGUGUUGUGCUUGUUAAUCAGGAUUCUUUUUAUCACAAUUUGAAUGAAGAGGAGCUGACACGAGUUCAUGAAUACAACUUUGACCAUCCAGAUGCCUUUGACACCGAGCAAUUACUGUGUGUUAUAGAGAAGUUGAAGCAUGACCAAGCAGUUGAUAUUCCCAAAUAUGAUUUUAAGAGUUACAAAAACGAUGUGUUACGAACAAGAAGGGUCAAUCCUUCUGAUGUGAUAAUUUUGGAAGGGAUACUGCUUUUCCAUGACACUCGUGUCCGAGAAUUGAUGAAAAUGAAGAUAUUUGUUGAUACAGAUGCUGAUGUACGCUUGGCGAGGAGGAUAAGACGUGAUACUGUUGAAAAGGGCAGAGAUAUCAGAACAGUACUUGACCAAUACUCAAAGUUCGUGAAACCUGCUUUUGAUGACUUUAUUCUUCCAACUAAAAAGUAUGCGGAUAUUAUCAUUCCCCGUGGAGGAGAUAAUCAUGUGGCCAUUGAUUUGAUUGUGCAACAUAUUCGGACGAAACUUGGUCAGCAUGAUCUCUGUAAAAUAUACCCAAAUCUUUAUGUCAUCCAGUCAACUUUUCAGAUACGUGGUAUGCAUACGCUUAUACGCGAUGCUAAAACAACAAAGCAUGAUUUUGUGUUUUAUGCUGAUCGGUUGAUUCGUUUGGUUGUUGAACAUGGCCUUGGGCAUCUUCCUUUUACAGAAAAGCAGGUGAUCACUCCAACUGAAUCAGUUUAUACUGGGGUUGAUUUCUGUAAAAGGUUAUGUGGUGUCUCGGUAAUUAGAAGUGGUGAAAGUAUGGAGAAUGCUCUGCGAGCAUGUUGUAAAGGCAUCAAGAUUGGGAAGAUUCUUAUUCACAGGGAAGGCGACAAUGGGCAGCAGUUAAUCUAUGAAAAACUGCCGAAUGAUAUUUCCGAUAGGCAUGUGCUACUCUUGGAUCCUAUCCUCGGCACAGGGAAUUCAGCUGUUCAAGCUAUUUCUUUGCUUAUAAGGAAGGGUGUACCAGAGUCCAACAUCAUAUUUCUGAAUCUUAUAUCUGCACCUCAAGGAGUGCAUGUAGUCUGCAAAAGCUUUCCAAAAAUAAAGAUCGUGACAUCUGAGAUCGAAAUUGGUUUGAAUGAAGAUUUCCGUGUCAUCCCUGGCAUGGGUGAGUUUGGAGACCGAUAUUUUGGCACUGAUGAUGAUGAUGAUCAGCUACUUGUGGUUUCAGUAUAGCUCAAAUGAGAGGUGCAUACUAAUCCAAGUCCUGAGUUACUUUCCCAUGGUACAUGCAUGUUGUUCUUACACCUACCAAUAUCAGCAAGGUCGAAUCUCCUUUCCCCCUGUUGUGCUGUGACAUUGAAACCAGGGGAUUCGAACAAAAAUUAUGAGAACAAUCAAUUUUGUAGUUUUAACUUUGAGUGAACAUACAUACCCUUGGUAU